CUUGAUUUUGUUGGGAUUCUUACUCAUCAGUCUCCCAGUUAGUUAGCAUACCUACAAGCUAGCUAGAAGAAUUUUGUGAACAGUUUCCAUGGCGGACGAGGUUAUUCUAUUGGACGCUUAUGCGAGCGUGUUUGGGAUGAGGGUCAGAGUAGCUCUGGCCGAGAAGGGAAUCAAAUAUGACUACAGAGAAGAAGACCUGAGGAACAAGAGCCAACUGCUUCUUAAGAUGAACCCGGUCCACAAGAAGAUCCCGGUGCUCAUCCAUAAUGGCAAACCAGUCUGUGAAUCGCUCAUCAUUGUGCAUUAUAUUGAUGAGGUAUGGAAGGAUAAGGCUCCUCUGCUUCCCUCUGAUCCUUACCAGAGAGCCCAGGCCAGAUUCUGGGCCGAUUUCAUUGAUAAGAAGUUAUAUGAUGCAAUCAGGAAGAUAUGGCCUGCAAAAGGAGAAGAGCAGGAAGCAGGAAAGAAGGAAUUCAUUGAAGUCCUGAAGGUGUUGGAAGGAGAGCUUGGGGGCAAGCCUUAUUUCAUGGGUGAGAGAUUUGGGUUCCUGGACAUUUCUCUCAUCACAUUCUACAGCUGGUUUCAUGCUUGUGAGACACUUGGAAACUUCAGUAUAAAGGCCGAGUGCGCCAAGCUGAUUUCAUGGGCCAAGAGAUGCUUGCAGAAGGAGAGUGUUUCGAAGUCUCUUGCUGACCCGAAAAAGGUUUAUGAGAAUCUUCUUGAGAUGCAAAAGAGGCUUGGUGUGGAGUAGUGGUAUAAGAAAGUCCUGAAAUAAAACUCUUUAGAUGUGUACUAGUCUUGAAACUUUUCUGGUGAGAGAUACUUUGGUGUGUCUGUUGAAUGUUAUGACUUAUGAUUCGUAAGUAAUUAUGUAUCCUAACAAUAAUGUAGACACUUCGAUGCGUCUGCCUAUUGUUAAAUAUAUGAAAGGAGAGUAUUCUAAGAAAAAGUAUCCAAGGCCACACAUAAUACGAUACAAAUACAACGAAGCUCAAAAACACUGAAAAAUGCAGGAGUAGAGAGUAAGUAAAAAAAAUAUUAGUACACCUUUUGUACUCAAUUUAAAUGUACUGUCAUCUUAAUCUGCAUCAAAACUUCUGAAUUGGUCUUUACACAGAUGGUCUCACAAAACCUUUUUUAGAACCGCAUUCAUCACCCUCGAGGUACUUUCUGGUAUAGAGGAUGAUUUAUUCCCAUAGAUAGCCGCUUAGCCUUCACUUUAAAGCUCAGCUAAGUCGAGUUUUGCCACCAAACUCGUUCCCAAGGGCUAACUCUUCCAUAGAGAGCUGGGCAUUAACAGCCCCCAACCAUCCUCUUUUAUAAGGAGAGAGACACAAGGAGUACUUG